UAUGAUAGCACAAACUCUGUGCACCUUUUGCUCAAUUAUUGCAUUAUGUUUGGCAGUGACUCUCCUGCCCUGUGCCCCCCAAAUUUUGGCUUGCUCCUGUCCCUUUUAUUGGUCAUUUUCUUUCUCAAGGAAGACAGAGCAGGAGGUUGUCCACCAACCUGAGAGCCUUCUUCUAGCACAGCUAAAGUUUAUGAUGGUUCCUCAGCUUAGGACGCCUCUGAUUUUGACAAGCCUGACCCUCCAUCCUUGCUGUCAUUGCACCUGGUUUCAGCCAUCCCUUAUCCUCACGUGUUCUCUGGGCAGGAGCAGCUGAGAAAUCAGGAGAAUAAAAUGGGGCAUGAUAGGAGCAUAUAAAGUUAGUGGGGAGACAAGUUCUUCACUAUUUUCGAAUUGUAGAAUCCAGUGGAGAUCAUCCGAAGCAACAAAAUUGUGAAAGGGUUAGUGGAGAAACUGUUCACGUUGCCCUAACUAAACUAAGGGAUUUAUGUUUUCCUUCCCUGUCUCCAUUGGUGAUCCAUUCACAGGACUGACUGUUGUGUACCCCUCAACACCCAUUUCCAGAGCCCCAUCCCCCCUCCAGGUCACCCGAGUCUUGCAACCCGGAGGAAGGUUCAUCUCCAUCACAUUUGCCCAGCCGCAUUUCCGCAAGCGCCACUAUGCCCAGCGUGCCUACAACUGGUCCAUCCGACACACCAGUUAUGGAAGUGACUUCCACUAUUUCCUCUACGUGAUGAAGAAAGAUGGGGUGUUAUCCUCCUCCGACUUGGCCCUGGGACAGAGCCUCCAUCGGCAGCCCUCGCCCCCCAGCCCCGUGUGCACCCUCCAAGAGCCGGACCGUGAGAAUUAUCUUUUCAACAUUCAACUCUGAUCUCCAGGGAAAGAAUACCUUGAGGGAAGGAGCGGCUUGGGGGACAAAGACCUAAUUUGCCCUCUGCUCGAAGGCCCGUGCCAAGAUACCUCUAGGUCACCUGGGGUAAUUCCCUGCAUUUUUAAUACAAUUUUUUAAAAAUCAAGCCUCCUCUGCAGUUGGCAAGGGGGGCCCGUUCCCAGGGGAAUUGGAUGGGAACGCUUUCUGCUGCCAACUUGGUUGCAGAAAAUAAUUUUUCUUCCCUUCCACCCCACCAAGCUCGUUCUUUUGCUCACAUCGUAGAAUUGUGAACUGGUUUGUGGAAAGCAGAGAAGGGAGGUGUGAGAACCUGAGGACUCUGUUUAAUCUUUCCACUGUGCUCUGAAUUCUUAACUCUUUCCGAGGCUUUUCUGAGACACCUCUGUUUUAGCAGACUUCCUGGAAAUUAGGAGCGAGGACGCCAUCUGGAUCUCCAACAAGAGACCAUCUCAGAGGGUUGGUGACCCAACUCCUCAACACUGCUCUCUGGUUCUUCCCCAGAUUUCCCAUGGGGGAGGAAGCCUCAACUUGCCUACCAGGCACGUGUGAACACUGCCUAGAACAGUGUUGUCCAAACUUGGCCACUUUAAGAGGAGUGGACUUCAA